AUGAAUUCGCCCAAAAUUAUAAAAAGUGUUUUACCCCGGCAUAACAGAAAAGAAUCCAAAAAUCAAAGUAAAAACCAGGCUAAGCAACAGACGGGGCCAAAACGUACUACAAGACUAAACAGGGAAUUGAAAACCCCAUCUCCCCGAAAAAAUAAAGACCAUGUUUUAACCCAUUCUAAAAAGAAAUCUAUUCAGAAAUGGUUAAAAGAUUCAAGUACAGAAAGUUCAAAAGAGAUUUCACUAUAUACCGGAAAUAAUAAACGCAGUAAAAGUCGAGAUCAAUAUAACCGUAACCAAAGCUGCAGUCGGUCGAGAAGCGGUAGCCGAUCACGACUUUUACGGAAAUCUUGUGGGGCAAAAAAGAAAAUUAAACAUUUCAAACCACAUCAUGUUCAUACGUCAGAAUUAAAAAACAAAGGUAAUGCGCAUACAGAGAAUCCUGAUGGACCAUUGACCUUGCUUGAUUUAGAAUCAUCUUUUGAAAAAGGAAACGAGAAAGACAAUUUUGAAGCGAGCAGGCGAUAUGACCGAUGUAAGAAAAGUUCAUCUAGGGCAGUCGAACCAAAUCCUUUGAGGAGUGAAAGAGAGGAGGGAAACCAUCCUAUCAGGCAUCCUUGUUCAUCAUCGUCUGCACAACAAAAAGUUAAAAUAACUGAGUCAAGUAAAGAUUUAAACAGACGGAGCAUCACAAGACGCUCUCUCUGGAAAAACAAGCGGCGAUCCCGAAGCCCAUAUGAUCACCAUCAGCACCAAUACCGCCGCCAUCGAAGUAAAUCACGUGACCGAGACAGAUCACGUGAAAGGAAACACAGACCUGCCAGCUCACCUGAAGCAAAUGAUAAUUGCACCAUUCUAUAA